AUGGACACGAAAUCGUUAACAAUCCGUACACUGGUCUCCUCCCUCGCUUCCUCCUCCGAUCAAACCCGUCUCGCCGCCCUCCGCCACCUCCGCCGCACCUCCAACGAGGACCCCGCCGCCCGCCCCCUCAUCUCCGCCGCCGGCGCCGUCCCCCUCCUCGCCUCCGCCCUCUACUCCCCCUCCCACUCCAUCCAAGAACACGCCGCCGCCACCGUCCUCAACCUCUCCAUCUCCGACCGCCUCCCCCUCCUCUCCUGCCCCGCCCUCCUACCCGCCCUCGCCCACAUCCUCUCCCGCCACGCCACCUCCUCCGCCCCAUCAGCCGUCCAAUCCGUCGCCGCCACCCUCCACAGCCUCCUCGCCGUGGUAGCCGAGUUCCGCCCCACCGUCGGUGCAAAACCCGAAAUUCUUCGUGCCCUCAUCAGCAUAAUGAGUGAUCCCGAUUCGCUGACGAGGACGAUCAAGGAUGCUCUGAAAGCAUCUUUCGGAAUCGCACUCUACCCGCCGAGCCGAACAGCACUGGUCCGGCUGGGAGCAGUUCCCGUGCUCUUCGCUCUGGUGGCGAAGGACAAGGACGGGAAGAGAAAAGUUGGCAUAAUUGAGGAUGCGACGGCGGUGAUCGCGCAGAUUGCGGGGUGUGAGGAGAGCGAGGACGCGUUUCUUAAGGUUUCGGGGGUUUCUAGGUUGGCCAUGAUGCUGUGUUCGGAAAGUGGAAACUGUAGUUUGAGGACAAAGGAGAAUGCUGUUGCGGCGUUGUUGAAUCUGGUGAGAUAUGGGAGUGAGAGAGUAGUUGGGGAGGUUAAGAACAAGGUUGCGUCCUUGGAUGGGAUCUCCUACGUGCAGGAACACGGUAGCCCCAAAGGGAAGAGCAAAGCCGUGGCUUUUUUCAAGCUUCUGCUUGAUGGUGGAAGCAGUGCUGAAAUUGCUCAAGAUUUGUAUCCUGUGCACUCUGAUUAG